GUGCGCUCACAAGGAAGGGAGGAUGGGUGCGUGGGCUUGGCACCUGCAAGUCCUACCAUGACAUGGCAUGGACAUGCUGCUAUGUCCUCACCGUUUUUCCUCUCGUGCCUUCGUUUGAGCAGGAUAUUGCAAGAUGUGGAACAACGAGCAGAACCCAUGUGA